AGGAGUUUUGAUUUCGUGGGGGUUGAGAGAAGGCCCACCAAUGUUAGUGGGCUUUUAGAGCCCAUGGAGGGCUUCACUUUCGAAUCAUUCGAGGAAAUCUCCGUCGAUGGAAGGUUGGGGAAAAAUUUUCCGAUGUGGUCCAGUAUCUAUGUUCCAGGUUUGAUUUAGGUUUCACUAUUUCUCUCUCAUUGAGCUUCAAUGUUUUUACUUCCUCUUGAAUUAGUCUAUGCGCCGGUGGAUUUUGUGCCGGAGCCGGAGGGGUUCUUGCCAAAGGUGAAGAGUCAGGAGGUGAGAGCCCGGGCUCUGGAGGUGCAUGCUUUGUGGAAGAAUUUGAGUACGAAAGUCUCUGAUGAGGUUGUGAAGCGGCCUGAGUUUCAUACUUUGCUUCCUCUGCCCAAGCCUGUCAUGAUUCCUGGAUCACGGUUUAGAGAGGUCAAUUACUGGAAAUCUUAUUGGAUAAUUAGGUUGCUAGUCUUAGAGGAUCUAUAAGUAGCUUUCAAGAGCAAGCAAGUUGCAAAAUUAAAGUUCCUUCGGUGGCGGUACCAUACAAGCUUUCUCAGCCUUUUACCCUGAAAAUGUGUCCUUCUAGUCCACUUAAGGUUGCUGGUUAUGGGAUUAUUUAAGAAGUGGAGCUUCUGGUUUUUUGUUUCCUCUUUCUGGUGGAGCAGAUAGCUCCUCGGUUGCUGCUAUAGUUGGCUGCAUGUGCCAGCUUGUCGUAAAAGAAAAAUAGCACAUGGAGAUGGACAAGUCAAAGCUGAUGCAAUUCGUAUUGGAAAUUAUACUGGUGGACAGUUUCCUACUGACAGCAGAGAAUUUGCAAAACGCAUAUUUUAUACAGUAUUUAUGGGAUCUGAAAACAGUUCUGAAGUCACAAAGUCACGAGCAAAGGUACUAGCAGAUGAGAUUGGCUCA